GCCAACACGCCCAAUACCUUUUAACAAGACAUGCAGCAAAAAAUACAAGAUAAAUUUUCAAACGGACUUUCUUGUUAUCACGUUAAUCAUAACGAGAAAUCCCUAAAAACAAAAGGAGCUAUAAAUUAUGUCAAUCAUUUUAUAAAAUCGUGAUGUUAUUGAAUGAGCCGUGUAUAAAUAAAGCUCAGUGCUUAUUUCAUUGAACAUUCAAUGUUAGACACGAUGAGGAUUGCUUCUGGAACGAUGAAUUUGGCAUUAGUAAUAAUUGUUUUAACUUCAUACACUGUGAGUGGAUUGAUAGUGAAUGGUACUGAAGAUCGAGUGGUUUUAGUAGCACCAGUGUUAGCAGCACCCAAAGAUUCCAGAGCAAGAGGUGCGGAUACAGAAACUGCAAAGGACUUUCCUAUAUUAAUGCUUCUGGCUACUGGUGAUAACGUAACUAAAGAAGAGGAACCUAAAGGAGAGCCUCAACCAAUCUACGUCCAAAAACUGGAGGAUCAAAAACUUCCGCAAACACGGCGAAGAAGAUUCUCGAAAAUGUUAAUAAAUCUUACAUAUUAGAAUGCCUUGCAGUAAAGGAUCGAUACUAAUAAUGCAAUUAUAUCAUUAAUAGAUAUUUAAAAUUAAUGUAAAUAUAUCAAUAAAUAACUAACCUAAAA